GAGGCGGACCUCCUGGCCGCCCUCCUGCAGACCCAUGGCUCACCGGUUCCAGUUACGACUGCUGACGUGGGACGUGAAGGACACGCUGCUCAGGCUCCGCCAACCCGUGGGGGAGGAAUAUGCCACCAAGGCCCAGGCCCACGGGCUGCAGGUGGAGGCCGCAGCCCUGGGACAGGCCUUCGGGCAGGCGUACAGGGCUCAGAGCCACAGCUUCCCCAACUAUGGCCUGAGCCGCGGCCUCACUUCCCGCCAGUGGUGGCUGGAUGUGGUCCUGCAGACCUUCCACCGGGCGGGUGUUCGGGAUGCCCAGGCUGUGGCCCCCAUCGCUGACCAGCUGUACGAGGACUUCAGCAGUCCCCACACCUGGCAGCUGUUGGAGGGGGCUGAGGCCACCCUGAGAGGGUGCCAAAAACGAGGCCUGAGGUUGGCAGUGGUCUCCAACUUUGACCGACGACUGGAGGACAUUCUGGUGGGUCUUGGUCUGCGAGAACACUUUGACUUUGUGCUGACCUCUGAGGCUGCCGGCUGGUCCAAACCCGAUCCCCGCAUCUUCCAUGAGGCCUUGCACCUUGCUCAGGUGGAACCGGCGGUGGCAGCCCAUGUUGGGGACAGUUACCAAUGUGAUUACAAGGGAGCACGGGCCAUAGGCAUGCACAGCUUCCUGGUGGCUGGCCCUGAAACUUUGGAUCCUGCGGUUAAGGAUUCUGUACCCCAAGAACACAUCCUCCCCUCACUGUCCCAUCUCCUGCCUGCCCUUGACCGCCUGGAGGGCUCACCUCCAGGGCUUUGAGUCUGGUGAGGGAAGUGGCCGGGCCCAACAAACAUUGAAGACAGAGAGCCCCUUCCUUCCCCGAGAUCUGGCCUUCGCCCCUCCCCUGCAGCCUCCGUAAGGCAUUCGGACCAUAAAGCAGUGAGCGGGGGGCUUUCGGCCCUGCCCCAUGAAGCAGCUUCUGGUUUCUGAGAUGGUUCAUUCUUCACUUGUGUCCCUUUUCCACCAUGAGCCCCCUUCACCUCCAACAAGAUUCAUGAGGGCCCAGCUAGCUUCAAAACCAGCACUUUCACACUUCCUUUUGGCCACAGGGCCUUUUGUCAUGGGAGACAAAAGGAACCCCAUGGUGGAACCCCACCAUGCAAAACAGGAAAAAUGAGAAACUGCUAAGGUUGAAGCAGAGGUCCUGGGCCCCUUCACUUGGGCCCUGAAGCCUCUGUGACUCUACCCCUGGGAAGCCUCAGAUUAGAGGAGCUUAGUUUGAAAACCAGGGUACUAAGCUGAGCUACAGGGAUACUGCCCUCUAGACCGCGUAGUCUGAAGGGGAAAU